GAGGCCGCGCUCGGCGGACGACGCGGAGGCCGAGCCCGGGCGGAGGCCGCGGCGGGCGGCGGGGCGGCGGCGGCGCGGACCCGUGGGCCCGGCGUUCCCCCGGCCCGGCCGGCGGGGAGGCGGCGGCGGGGACCAUGUCGGCCGGCGGCCGCGACGAGGAGCGGCGGAAGCUGGCCGACAUCAUCCACCACUGGAACGCCAACCGGCUGGACCUGUUCGAGAUCAGCCAGCCGACCGAGGAUUUGGAGUUCCAUGGAGUGAUGAGAUUUUAUUUUCAAGACAAAGCUGCUGGAAACUUCGCGACGAAAUGCAUUCGGGUCUCCAGUACGGCUACCACUCAAGAUGUGAUCGAGACGCUGGCGGAGAAGUUCCGGCCUGACAUGCGGAUGCUGUCCUCUCCCAAGUACUCCCUGUACGAGGUGCACGUCAGCGGAGAAGAAAGAAGGCUGCAUGUGGACGAGAAGCCGCUGGUCGUGCAGCUGAACUGGAGCAAGGACGACCGCGAGGGCAGGUUCGUGCUGAAGAACGAGAACGCCGCCGCCGCCGCUCCGAAGAAGGCUCAAAGUAAUGGACCUGAGAAGCAAGAGAAAGAAGGCGUCAUCCAGAAUUUCAAGAGAACUCUCUCGAAGAAAGAGAAGAAGGAAAAGAAGAAGAGAGAAAAAGAGGCCCUGAGACAGGCGUCCGACCGGGAGGACCGGCCUCUCCCCGGGGAUGACGUUGAGAAUUCGCGCCUGGCAGCCGAGGUGUACAAGGACAUGCCCGAGACCAGCUUCACGCGAACCAUUUCCAACCCGGAGGUGGUCAUGAAGCGACGGAGGCAGCAGAAGUUGGAGAAGAGAAUGCAGGAAUUCCGAAGCUCCGACGGGCGGCCUGAUUCAGGUGGGACGUUGAGGAUCUACGCAGACAGCUUAAAGCCAAAUAUUCCCUACAAGACGAUCCUGCUGUCCACUACGGAUCCUGCAGACUUCGCUGUGGCUGAGGCGCUGGAGAAGUAUGGCCUGGAGAAAGAGAACCCCAAGGAUUACUGCCUGGCUAGGGUCAUGCUUCCUCCGGGAGCCCAGCAUUCGGAUGACAGAGGCGCUCAGGAAAUGGUUCUCGAUGAUGACGAGUGUCCCUUGCAGAUCUUCAGGGAGUGGCCGAGUGACAAGGGGAUACUCGUGUUCCAGCUGAAGAGGAGGCCGCCAGACCCCGUCCCGUCGGCAGUGAAGAAGCAGGGGGACGCGAGGCCGCUGAGGGGGAAGGAGCGGGCCGACGGGGCCGGCUACGGCUCGGCCCUGCCGCCCGAGAAGCUGCCCUACCUGGUGGAGUUAAGCCCAGGGAGGAGGAGUCACUUUGCCUGCUACAGCCAUCACACUGGCGAAGACGGCUCCGACUCCAGAGACAAGCCGAAGCUCUAUCGCCUGCAGCUGAGCGUGACCGAGGUCGGGACGGACAAGUUCGAGGACAACUCCAUCCAGUUGCUUGGCCCAGGCAUUCAGCCGCAUCACUGUGACCUCACCAACAUGGACGGCGUGGUCACCGUGACGCCGCGGAGCAUGGACGCGGAGACGUACGUGGACGGCCAGCGCAUUUCCGAGACCACCAUGCUGCAGAGUGGCAUGAAACUGCAGUUCGGGGCGUCGCAUGUGUUCAAGUUUGUGGACCCCAGCCAGGACCACGUGCUGGCCAAGAGGCCCGCGGAGGGAGGCCUGAUGAAGGGCGCGAGGCACAAGCCAGGCAUGGUUCAGGAGACAACUUUUGAUUUAGGGGGCGACGUGCACAGUGGAGCGGCGUUACCAACAAGCAAGAGCACGGGCAGACUGGACGGCGACAGAGCCCCCUCUGCUUCCGGCACGGUGGAGCGAGGCCUGGUGAGACCCAUGAUGCGGCCGGAGCAGCAGGAUCAGCGCAGGCACGAAGGCAGACCUCAGGAGGCUCCGGGGCUGGACCUGCUGCUGCCUGCGAGCAUUGAGUUCAGGGAGAGCUCUGAAGAUUCAUUCUUGUCUGCCAUUAUAAAUUAUACCAAUAGUUCUACAGUCCACUUCAAGCUGUCGCCUACGUACGUGCUGUACAUGGCCUGCCGGUACGUACUGUCCAGCCAGUACAGACCUGACGCCAGCCCCGCCGAGCGCACCCACAAAGUCAUUGCCAUCGUCAACAAGAUGGUGAGCAUGAUGGAAGGAGUCAUCCAGGAAGUAGACCAGGUUGAUCAGAAGCAGAAGAACAUCGCGGGGGCGCUGGCCUUCUGGAUGGCAAACGCCUCUGAGCUCCUCAACUUCGUGAAGCAGGACCGGGACCUCAGCCGCAUCACGCUGGACGCCCAGGACGUCCUGGCGCACUUGGUGCAGAUGGCCUUCAAGUACCUGGUCCACUGUCUGCAGUCAGAGCUCAACAACUACAUGCCGGCCUUCCUGGACGACCCCGAGGAGAGCAGCCUGCAGAGGCCCAGCAUAGACGACGUGCUGCACACGCUCACGGGCGCCAUGUCCUUGCUGCGGCGCUGCAGGGUCAACGCUGCGCUCACCAUCCAGCUCUUCUCGCAGCUCUUCCACUUCAUCAACAUGUGGCUGUUCAACAGACUGGUCACUGACCCCGACUCCGGGCUGUGCUCCCACUACUGGGGCGCCAUCAUCCGCCAGCAGCUGGGGCACAUCGAGGCCUGGGCCGAGAAGCAGGGGCUGGAGCUGGCGGCCGACUGCCACCUGAGCAGGAUUGUGCAGGCCACCACUUUGCUCACCAUGGAUAAGUAUGCGCCCGAGGACGUGCCCAGUGUGAACAGCACCUGCUUUAAGUUGAACUCCCUGCAGCUGCACGCCUUGCUGCAGAACUACCACUGUGCGCCCGACGAGCCUUUUAUCCCAGCGGAUCUCAUAGAGAACGUGGUGGCCGUGGCUGAGAACACGGCCGACGAGCUGGCCCGCAGCGACGGGCGGGACGUGCGGCUGGAGGAGGACCCCGACCUGCAGCUGCCGUUCCUGCUGCCGGAAGACGGCUACUCGUGCGACGUGGUCAGAAACAUCCCCAGCGGGCUGCAGGAGUUCCUGGACCCCCUGUGCCAGAGAGGGUUCUGCAGGCUGAUUCCUCACACGCGCUCGCCGGGCACUUGGACGAUCUACUUCGAAGGUGUGGACUACGGAAGUUACCUUGUGCGUGAGAACACGGAGCUGGCUCAGCCUCUGAGGAAAGAACCGGAAAUCAUCACUGUGACCUUGAAAAAGCAGAACGGAAUGGGCCUGAGCAUUGUGGCGGCAAAGGGCGCGGGCCAGGACAAACUGGGAAUCUACGUGAAGUCUGUCGUGAAAGGAGGCGCGGCGGACGUGGAUGGACGGUUGGCUGCAGGGGACCAGCUCCUCAGUGUGGAUGGACGAAGCCUCGUCGGACUCUCUCAGGAAAGGGCUGCGGAGCUCAUGACAAGGACGAGUUCUGUGGUGACACUUGAAGUGGCGAAGCAAGGUGCCAUCUACCACGGCCUGGCGACCCUCCUCAACCAGCCGUCCCCCAUGAUGCAGAGAAUUUCAGAUCGCCGUGGCUCGGGGAAACCUCGACCCAAGAGUGAAGGUUUUGAGCUCUAUAACAACUCAGCCCAGAACGGGUCUCCUGAAAGUCCUCCGAUGCCCUGGGCGGAGUACAGUGAGCCAAAGAAGCUGCCUGGUGACGACAGACUGGUGAAGAACAGAGCCGAUCACCGCUCCAGCCCCAACGUCGCAACAGAUCAGCCCCCCAGCCCUGGAGGAAAGGGCACGCACCCCUCUGGAGCAGCAGCCAAGAUAACGUCGGUCUCCACGGGGAACCUGUGUGCUGAGGAGCCGCUGCCUGCACCCAGGCCCGAGGCCUACCCCAUCCCCACACAGACCUGCACCCGCGAGUACUUCACCUUCCCCGCCUCCAAGUCUCAGGACCGGGCGGCCCCUCCGCACAGCCAGUGGCCGAGCUACGAGGACAAGCCUCUCGUGCACACGGACAGUAACCACUGCAGCGUUGCAGCUCAGCGUGUCGCUCGCUCCCAGGAGGAGCUUAGGGAAGAUAAAGCUUACCAGCUGGAGCGGCAGCGGGUGGAGUCCGCUAUGGACCAGAAGGCCGACAGCGACAUGUGGCUCAAUCAGAGCUCCUCUGUGGAGUCCAGCACCUCCAGCCAGGAGCACCUGAACCAUUCCUCCAAGUCCGUCACCCCGGCCUCCACUCUGACCAAAAGCGGCCCUGGCCGGUGGAAGACGCCGGCAGCCGUCCCUGCCGCCCCGGUGGCCGUCUCCCAGCCCAUUCGGGCAGACCUGCCUCCACCGCCCCCGCCGCCUCCUGCCCACUAUGCCAGUGAUUUCGAGGGGGUGGCCAUGGACCUGCCUCUCCCACCCCCUCCCUCUGCCGGCCAGGUGGGACCCCAGGCGGCCCAGGUGGCCGCAGCGGAGCGGAAGAAGCGGGAGGAGCACCAGCGGUGGUACGAGAAGGAGAAGGCGCGCCUGGAGGAGGAGCGGGAGCGGAAGCGCAGGGAGCAGGAGCGGAAGCUGGGCCAGAUGCGCGCGCAGCCCCUCCCGCCGGCGCCGUUCGCCCCUCUGCCCGCCCCGCAGGCGAAGCCGGAGAAGCCGAGCUCCCUGCCGCGGCCCCAGGAGACGGUCAUUCGGGAGCUGCAGCCGCAGCAGCAGCCCCGCACGAUCGAGCGCCGGGACUUGCAGUACGUCACGGUCAGCAAGGAGGAGCUGGGCUCCGGGGACAGCCUGUCCCCCGACCCCUGGAAGCGGGACGCCAGGGAGAAGCUGGAGAAGCAGCAGCAGCUGCACAUCGUGGACAUGCUGAGCAGGGAGAUCCAGGAGCUGCAGGCCCGGCCGGACCGCAGCGCCGAGGAGAGCGACCGGCUGCGCAAGCUCAUGCUGGAGUGGCAGUUCCAGAAGCGGCUGCAGGAGUCCAAGCAGAAGGACGAGGACGACGAGGAGGAGGAGGAGGAGGACGUGGACACCCUGCUGAUCAUGCAGCGCCUGGAGGCCGAGCGAAGAGCCCGGCAGACUGCUGUGCCUGCAAUCUCUGUUCUAGAUUUGUUGCAGGACGAGGAGCGCCGGCGGCAGCAGCAGCUGGAGGAGAUGCGGAAGCGGGAGGCGGAAGACCGCGCGCGGCUGGAGGAGGAGCGCAUGAAACGGGACGCUGAGGAAAAGAGGCGACAGGAGGAGGGGUAUUACAGCCGCCUGGAAGCCGAGAGACGCAGACAGCACGAGGAGGCUGCGCGCAGGCUGCUGGAGCCCGAGGAGCCCGGGCUGAGCCGACCGCCGCUGCCACGGGACUACGAGCCGCCGUGCCCGUCCCCGGCCCUCGGCGCCCCCCCGCCUCCACCCCAGCGGAACACCUCCUACCUCAAAACGCAGGCCCUCUCCCCAGACUCGCUGUUCACGGCCAGGCUUGUCGCGUACGAGGAGGAGGAGGAAGAGGCGGAGUCGGACCCCAGCCCGGCAGGUCAGGAUAAGUACUCCAGCACCAGGAAGUCUCAUGGGCACCUUCCUGCUGCCGCCCGGGAGCCGCAGCCACGCCCGGCCUCCGACGGCAUCUCCCUCUCCAGCUCAUUCCGGCCACCCUCCGCCAAAGCCAACAGUACUGCCCACAGGGCGGGGCAGCCCCCGCCCCCUCCAAAAAAGCCGAGCUUCUGCCGCCCCCGCCACCCUCCAGGACCAAACUCUUACACGGGAUCUACUGGGACGGCCGCCGGAGCCCAGGACGCCUCCCGGGAUCCCAGGGAGAAGCGCAGUAAGAGCCACGACGCGGACUCGCCUGGGAGUGCCGGGGCCCCUGAGAACCUGACGUUCAGAGAGCGCCAGCGUCUCUUCUCGCAAGGCCAGGACGUGUCCGACAAAGUCAAAGCCUCCCGGAAACUGACAGAACUGGAAAACGAACUGAACACCAAGUGAGGAGGGCCGUGCCGGACGCUGCCUUGCGGGUCGUGGGCUGAGUGACAGCGGCCCUGUCUGAAGUGGCUGGGAUUUAGAGGUGUUCAGGCUCCAAGAAGUGUUCUCUCACUUUACCAAAAGAUUCUCACUUACGCAGCUGGCGUGCUGACGUCUUCAUUUUCUGAGUGGAAGAUAAGGGUCGUGUGCCGCUCCAGGCUGAGAGGCCACAGGGAGGAGGGUGGGUCCGCCCCCGCCCCACCAGCCCCGUAGUCCUCACAGGGGCUUCGACAGGCAAGUCCUGUUCCUCUCCUUGUCAAAGACCCCUGUUGUAGCCUCCAGAGUGAAUAGCUUGAACUACUGGACUGCUGUUUGCACUGCUCGGUGGCGGCCGUGCCUGCUGCCGGCUGGGAGGCCCCUCGGGUUCCAGACUGUUCCACGCCACUCCUGAUCAGUUCUAAAUAUUUGACUUAAAGAAACCCUCCUAAAUGGAAAUUUGGGGAUUUAAACUUAGGGGCUUUUGUUUUUAGAAGUACCGGAUAGUUGUUAGGUUAAUAAAUCAUGGAUGAAUUUCGAGAGCAUUACAUCAGAGAGUCCGCCGGGCUGCAGAUCCUCGGGCCUGUGAAGGGGUCUCCUUUGCGGACAGUGUCCCUGAGCCCAGGAGCAGAGGCGACACCGCCUGCACUGUGCCCCCGGUCCACGGGCAGACACAGCUGCAGGAAGGCUGAGCCACUGGCGUCUGUGAGCGACGUAUUCCACGAGUGACGCGUAGGCAGUUGGAGCUGUUGCUUGCGGUGUAGUGGUUAUUUAACUCUCCUGUCUCCAGCUGUGGGUAGGUGGCAGGUGCUGGGGAGACGGACCUCAGUUUGUUUGAUGUUGUGUGAUGUGAAAAUGGUGAACUCCCUUGUGGUCGCACAGCAGCCCCCCGUGAGGCCAGGCGGUUCCUCCGCCGUGCUGUCCUCCGGACGUGUGUGAGGCAGGCGCGCGUGGUCGCACAGCCCCCCCCCCCCCCCCGGCCGGUGCGCACUCUGAACAGAAGCCGCUCGUCUGGGGCUGUGCCAUCCACUGUGAGGCAGCAGCGUGGAUACUCUGUGCUGUCAGGGUUCUAGUUGAAGCGUGCGUUCACGUUUCCUUUGCUAAGGAAGAGCGUAGGUGCUCCACGCGUUGGGGAGGGGCCAGGCGAGCAGGCUGCUCCCGGAGGUCUCUGAGCACUGGCGGCCUGGCCGUGACCGGGUCCACACCUGCUCUACGGGGAGACCGUGCCGCCACCCAGCGUGCUGUUAGCAUGCGGAACGACAGGUGCACGGCGGCACGGGACACGGGGCAGGGCUUGUGCGUGCCACCGGGAGAGUCAGGGCAGACGUGUAUACGUGUAAAAGCGCUUUCAGCGGCGUGCACCACGGGAAGCAUCGGAACUGCUGUAGUCUCAUUUCUACUGUACUCCAGUUACAGCCUAUUUUUAAUAAACUUUUAUGUAUUUAAAUGGA